CAGUGAUUUUGGAGUCUUGCGGAGGAGAGAUGUACUGCAGGAGUGUUUGCUGCAACAACUGGUCUUCUGAGGAAAGGUUAGAUGGGAAAACUGUCAUCAUCACCGGCUCCAACACUGGGAUUGGCAAGGAGACGGCCCGAGACCUGGCUGGGAGAGGUGCACGCAUCAUCAUGGCGUGUCGAGACCUGGAGCGGGCAGAGGAAGCCAGGUCGGACAUUUUGGAAGACACAGGAAAUGAGAAUGUGGUCAUCAGGAAGCUGGAUCUGUCCGACACCAGGUCUAUUCGAGCUUUUGCCGAACUCAUCAACAAAGAGGAGAAACAAGUGAACAUCCUGAUCAACAAUGCAGGCAUCAUGAUGUGUCCCUACUCCAAGACUGCUGAUGGCUUUGAAAUGCAGUUAGGUGUAAACCAUUUAGGCCACUUCCUGCUGACGUACCUGCUGCUGGACCUUAUCAAGCGUUCCAGUCCAUCUCGUAUCAUCGUCGUGGCGUCGGUUGCACACACCUGGACCAGACUUCACCUGGACGACAUCAACAGUGAGCGCAGUUAUGACACCAUGAAGGCCUACGGCCAGAGCAAGCUGGCCAACGUGCUGUUUGCACGCUCACUUGCCAAACAGUUAGAAGGUACAGGGGUGAGCGUGUUCUCACUCCACCCCGGAGUGGUGCAGUCGGACCUCUGGAGGCACCAGCACCAGUGCAUCCAGGUGGCAGUGAAGAUCUUCAGGAUUUUCACCAAGACAACAGUAGAGGGCGCUCAAACCACCAUCUACUGCGCUGUGGAGCCGGGCCUGGAGACGCAGAGUGGCCAGUACUUUAGUAACUGUGCCGCUGCCAGCUGCUCCAGAGCCGCUUCUGAUGACGACUCGGCUGAAAAACUGUGGAAGAUCAGCUGCAACAUGCUCGCCAUCUGCUGGGAGUGAACAGCAGUAUGGUAACCGUG